UAUUGGCCUGCUGCUAAUUUUAGCCCAGUGCCUGGGGUGUGUGCCUGUGUGUGCAUGCAGCAUCAGCAGGGCCACAGAUGCAGCUCCAUUGGAAACAAAUCUGCACUGCUGGACCCCUUGGAGGGGGGCUCGGGUCCUGCCCAGCUUUGGCAGCAUCUUUGAACACUCCUGUUGCAGGGCUUGGUGAUCUGGAGGUGAUGAGAACAAGAGAUCACAGCAUAAGAUGAACUUGGGUGCUGUGCUGGUUGAACUCUGGCUGUGUGGUGGGCUCAGAGUGCAGCCCUGUGCCUGAGAGGGAUGGGGGAGAACCACUGUGAGAUUUUAGAAACUUCCAGUUUCACCCUUCAGGAGGCCAGCUGGUCUGUUCACCUGCUGUGGCAGAAAUGCAGGAGCCAGAAGGGCAGAGUGGAGAGCAGCUUUGAAGUGGCCAAAUGGCAACUGCACACAGGCUUCAGAAAGACCACUGGCCACUGUCAGGCCCAGUAUUGGGGGUUAAGGCCCAGCUUUAAGGGGUUAAAAUGAGAUUUGUGAGGGCUGUUUGUUGCAGAAUCUGUGAGUGCAGAGUGGGGCAUGGGUGCCCAACGGCACCCAUUAGAGUGAGGACUUAGAGGACUGUUAGUGGCCCAGGAGCAGGAGUGGAAGAGGCUUUUCUGUGCCUGAAGCCACAUCUGACAGCACAGGGUCAGCAUCUCUUGUAUUCAGUACCUACUAAAGAAUAGUCAGCUUGCACACUUCAACUGCAGGAACAUCCCAAAGCUUUACCCUUGUCCUCCUGGGUGUCUGCAGGUAGCCCAGUGUGGGUGAGAAGAGGGAGAAAACUCCUGGCAAGCCAGCAGAAAGGUCAGUGUUCUCUAAUCUGGAGCAGUGACUUAACAAGCUUUUCCUUUCCAUUCAUAAGACAGGACAUGUAGGGAUUACCAUUGCUAUACAUAGAUUGCUCUUAGCUGUGUCCUGUCCUGCUGGGAACACUUAAGAGCUGUGUCACCCUCAGGGCUGGGGAUCCCCCUGCUGCUUAUCCAGUGUCCAGCCUCUGCAGAGAGUUCCAGUGAGACCCUGGCAGGACCAGAAGAGGACAACUCUGGAGCUGGAAUCACUCAGACAUUGGAUUUCCUCAGUGGGAGAUCCAUCAGAAAGAAUAAAUGGUGUGGGCUAGCUACCACUUCUCAGGGCAGGAGUGAGAAUGUAGCUCUGAAGAUAAUUUGUUGGGUGUUUUUCUGAACACGAGUUUUUUGUGGGCUUUUUUAAAGUGUGUGUUUAGCUGGUCAGGGAUUUGGCAGCAGUGUUGGAUUGUGUGAGCCCGUGUGUGCACAUGGAGAUAAGAGCCAAGGCGUAAUCCAGAAUUCCUCUACUUGAUAGCCCCUUAUCUCUGGGCAUGUGCUCUGUGUGUUUUUGCUCUUGAUGGGUCCCCUCCAGGUUCUGCCUCUGUAAACACAGUUGCUGUUUUAAUUCUCUGGGAGUGUCCUGCUUUGGCCUUACUUGGCUCCUGAAAUAAAAGGCUGGGAAGUACCCAAAAAUGAACUUCUGGCCAGGGACAUACAAGCACCUAAAUCCUCUAUAGCUUGUCAGAGCAAUGGCUGGUGCAGGCAUGUUUGAACUUUCUGUUGGAAUUACAGCCUGCUCCAUGGAACCCAUGAACAUUUUAAUGUUGGCUAUUUCAAUUUCUAAUUGCCAGGUCACACAUGGGUAAGGCUGCAUAAAAUAACUCAGCAUAUGUAGAGAUGUUGGUAUUCUUAGUAUUUAGGUUGCUUUCAGCAACAAACUUUUUGUAAACCACUUAAAAUCCUUCAAAUUCCGUGGACCAUAGCAAGAAGUGUUAUCCUAGGUGAAGCUGCUUAGCACAGAGUAGGUGACUUGACUUUCUUUGGCAUCAAAGUUAGCAGUCACUGGAGUGACCCAGUGCACCCUCUUGUGCAAGUGUGACUUGGCUGCAUGAGAAGAGCACUCAAACUAAAGCAAAUAUGUGUGUGUGCAUAUAUAUAAGUGCAGACUACUCACAAAGUGUCAAAUUUUGCUUCAUUCUCCAAGUACUGCACUAGUGACUCUCUCAGAACACGUUGAGGAUGCUGUGUUGCUGUAAAGGGUUGGAUUGGGCCUACAAACUGUUUCAGGUGCUCUGGAUUAGUGAGAAUUCUUUACAUACGCCCCCUUUUGAGAUUUGAGGGAGAGUGUCUUGCUCAGCAUCAGGGAUUCCUCCAAGGUGAGAGCUUCGCUGAGGGCAGAAAUUAUUUACAAGUGUAGCUAAAAAUGAAGUUUCCUGUUGGCAGAGUGGGGAUGAGUCAUUGUGGUUCUGAGUCAAGGGGUGGGAUCUUCCCUUCACUGCAGCAGGGUUUUACUUUCAGAUCUGCCCUUGGUUCAGGUGUUUGUCACCCUUGUCCCUGUUUCUGAGAAAACAAGGGGGUAUCCAGAAGGUGUAACACCCUGGAUGAGUCUCCACCAUGGAGUUAGGAGUGAGGAUCUAGUCGUGGCUCUCCCAAUCCAUCUUGUUACUCACACCAAGCAUCUUUUACAGAACUAUGUGCUUUUUUUGUAGCAGUGCCCACUGGCAUUAGCUGUGUUUUUCCUCUGCUUGCCAUACACGGCGUCUUUCUGUCUCCAGCCAGCCAGGUCUCCCCUGGGAGCAGAGAAAGAACUGUGGAUGUUACCAACUGCAUUAGAAUCAGGAGGUUUGCAGUUACUUCCUCAUUUCACUAAGGGUUUUUUAUUGAAUUUUAGAUGCCAGAUUAGACUGGAGAACCACAGAAAUGUGAAAGUGUUAAACAUUCCUGUGCCAUUCUUGCUGAAAAGCAGCAAACCUGUAAUAAUUUUAAAACCAAAGAGCUGGUGGAAGGUGUUGAAGCUGUGCCAGGAAUGUUCUCCAGUUGCACCUUAAUGGCUGUGGAUUUGUAGGAGGCAGUCUCUAGCAAUACUGAAAGUGUUAGUCCUGUGGGAGGGUUUGCCUCCCUUGUGUUUGCAGAAAGGGACACUUAAUUUUUCAUCCUCCUACCUGUUUGAGUUCUGAGCUUUACUUCCUUUUAAGAGUGCCUGAACAGUGGAGCUGAGAGUCUGCUCUGCUGCAGCUUGAGGUUUGAUUUUUAUUUUUUUUUUUUUUUGCUAGAAGCUGGUCUUGUCAAACCAGACUCCUGCAACUUUGGUCUCAUGUGCUUCUGCAUUGGCUUCCAUGGCAGCAUUGCCCAUUAGUUGAGCUUCUGUGUCACUUGGGAAGAAAACCUUGGACUUGAACACACGUGGCUUGUGCUAAAAGUGUGGCACAAUGCAUUAAACAAAGACAGAAAAUAUGGACUCUGAUAGUUGUAGUGUCAGCAUUUUGCUGGUGGAGUGCAUUGUUCCUAUGGAAAUUGCAGUCAGAGUUGCACAAUUCAUUUGUAAAUCUCUACCAACAAAGACUUGACUUGGACAAUAGUAAUGCAUCUUACUUUGGCAAAGUCUAUUUUUUUUUUUUGCUUGAACGUAAUAUCCUAUUACUGUUACACCAACUCACGUGAGCCCUACUAUUAUUAUUCUUGCAUCUUCCAUUCUAGGACUUCACAUGGGUGCCAAGUACUUUUUGCUUCCUUUAAUAACCCUCUCUAUUGUUUCUCAGAGAGAUCUGUCAGUUUUAUUGAGCUGCAGUUGCAGACUCUCAGUCUGCAGGCUCCUGCAGCUGGAGACAGCUGUUCUGAAUGGAGAAUGCACACAGAUGUUUGGUCAUCAUACAGAUAUACCUGCAUCUGAACUGAAAUUGAUAUAAAAUGAUUUAUUCCCCUGCCUUGAUGGGGGGGUCUUUUCUGACAUUCUUGUCAGAUUUUUCUCAUUUUUUCUAAAUGAGUAUUUGGGAGCUUUUUAGAUGUUUAACUUAUAGGUAGGCAUUCUUCUGUGUGGCAGAUAAUGAAUGGUCUUGUUGAUAAAGUUGGUAUAAAUAUGUAUUUCCAGGGUCCUAGAGGGGGAGACAAGUUCUUGGCCUUUUAAGGAAUUUUAAACUCUUAGUUAAGCACUCUUGCAACAAAACAAAACUCCAGAAAGCCUGCCAUGCGUCCUAAGAGCUCGUAGAUCUGUUGCAGUUCAUAAACUCAGAGGCCAUGAACUAAUCCUGUUCACUCUUCGUGGUGUUGUACAUUUUGCAGAAGGCGUUUUAUCUCCCAGCGCUGCUCUCUAGACUUUUUAGAAGACAUAGUGGAAUAUGCCAGUGUACGAAGAACCAAGCAUAUAUCUGGGUCUCCAAGACACAAAAGUUUGAAGAAGAUGCACUUCAUCAAGAACAUGAGGCAGUAUGACACCAAGAACAGCAGGAUAGUGUUAAUCUGUGCUAAACGAACACUGUGUGUGGCGUUUUCUAUCCUACCUUACGGGGAGGGCUUACGGAUCAGUGAUCUGAAGAUGGAAGGACAGAAACAGCGACAUCCUUCUGGGGGAGUUUCAGUAUCUACUGAGAUGGUGCUUGGACUGGAAGGAGUAGAGCUGGGUGCUGAUGGCAAGGUUGUGUCCUAUGCAAAAUUCUUGUACCCGACCAAUGCUCUGGUUGUUCGCAAAGCCGACGCCUACGCUGCUCUUCCCCCCUGCCGAGCCAGUGCUCCCCGGAGUCUUCCUGGAUCAAGAUACAAACCUGUGACAGCAAAAACCAUACCAGCAGGGACAGACAUUGGAAGUGAAGCUGGAGAAGCCACAGAGUAUGAUCCAGAUCUUCUGGAUGAUCCUCAGUGGCCCUGUGGAAAACAUAAACGUGUUCUCAUCUUUGCCUCUUACAUGACUACAGUCAUAGAGUAUGUGAAACCCUCAGACCUUAAAAAGGAUAUGAAUGAAACCUUUAGAGAGAAGUUUCCUCAUAUCAAGUUGACACUGAGCAAAAUUAGGAGUUUAAAGAGAGAGAUGAGAAACCUGAGUGAGGAGUGCAGUCUGGAGCCGGUGACUGUCUCCAUGGCUUAUGUUUACUUUGAGAAGCUCGUCCUCCAAGGCAAACUCAACAAACAGAACCGCAAACUGUGUGCUGGUGCUUGUGUUCUGCUCGCAGCCAAGAUCAGCAGUGACCUCAGGAAACACGAAGUUAAACACCUAAUAGAUAAACUAGAGGAGAGAUUCAGAUUCAACAGAAGAGAUCUCAUCGGUUUCGAAUUCACCGUCCUCGUAGCUUUGGAACUGGCUCUGUAUCUCCCUGAAAACCAAGUUUUACCUCAUUACAGACGGCUCACACAACAGUCUUAACCAAAGCUCCAUCCCAGCCGGCAUCCAGCUGUGCUGGGAUCCCAUCCCAGGAUGCUGCUGGUGGAGGUGCCAGCUCCAGCUCGUUGGGAAGGCUGCAGGGUGUUGGGAACUGUCGAGGUCUAUGGACACAGAUGCCAAAUCUGAGGGAUGGUACAAGAAGAGUUACUGAACUUUUGUUUUCUUUUGGACAUUUAAAGCACAAAUAUUCAUCAAUCAGCUGUCAUGGCUGCUUAUUAUUCCUUAUUUAUCUUCCUGGUUUUACUAAAGCUGUUCUUCCCUAUGAAGAAUACUAUGGUAUUGGUUAUUUUUCUUCUGUUUUGUUUUAAGCCUUUAUUGUAUUCCUUGAAACUAAAGGAACAUCACUUCCAUUCCAGUGCACCAUAAAGUUCAGAUGUUUCUAAGAACCUUCUUACAUUUUUACAUUAAUGAAAUACAUAUUUUAUUUUUUUAAAGAUGUGCCUAAACUGGCUGGUCUGGUACCAGUGCUUUUUAAGUUAGUUCUGUUAUUUAGUGGGGAAUCCUGAAUUUGUAUAGCCAUUUAUUCUUUACCUGCAUUGGCCUUGCAUACAAGGAAAACAAUUCCAGUAUAUCUGCACUAAUAAUAUACAGGGCAUCUAUUCUAUGAUUUAUAAGUAGUGAGAUGGAAAUUACUCCAUUUUGGUUUAUUUACUAUAAACAACUUCAAAAUAUACAUUUUACUUUAGAAGGAAAAGUGGUUUGGAAACCUGUUAUGAAGUACCACAUGUUGAGUGAGGUAGCUGGAAAGUGAUUGCCAUCCUAAUUCACUCUUGAGAGGAAGAUGAGCACUUGACUAAGAGCAAUUUGCUGUCAAAUAUUUCAUUUAGGGGUUUUAUUUGUUUCACUGUUCCAUAGCCUGAAACAAGCACCUUUUUUGGGAUGACUGUAUUAUAUAUAGAUGGUCAUAUCUGAGCAAAUAUGAAGCCAGUGGAGUUUCUGCUGCCAACUGAAGCCAAUGAAACAAGGCGUGUUCAGUAUUUAAAAUGCUACUUUUUUAACUCUGUUCUUCCAAGCGUUGCAUCACUGUGAUGGUCCUCAUAAAACUGGCAUUUCUUGCACAUUUGAGCAGCCACUACUGGCUGGUGCCCAGCAGCUCUCUAGUGCAUACACAGAGCUCAAAGAACUUCUCUGCCCAUUGGCUGUUCCUUCCUUUAUUUUUACAGUAUUCAGGUUGGGAAUGAAUUCUUGAUUAUAUGUGGAACCUUCUGUGGUAUUGGUUCUUGGGUUUAUUUUCUGAAGCAAUAUUAUGAUACAAGUUACUGGGUCCAUUUGCAAGGAACAAGAGUGAUACUUUGUUAUUCCAACUGAGGAAGUUGUAAUUUAAGUUUGACUCAUAAACUACCAGACCUCAUGCUGAGGUCAGGGACUUGCUAUCCAAUAUGUAAAGUAAUGUAAAUCUGUAAAUUCCUGUUCCUUGUAUUAAAUAUUGGUUGUAGCCAAAACCAAAGCUGAAUCUUUGCUCUUCAGCUGUGUUUUGUCUGAAGCUAAUUUGGCUUCAUUAGAAUUGCAGCAAACUUUACUGGACCCCCUUCUUCUCUGAGUGGGGCUCAAAGUGUAUUUUUCAUAUAUAAUAAUUACAGUGACUAUCAAACCUUUUGUAACUGUGUUCAGCUGUAUGUAGCUUCAAAUUACUUGUGUAAAAUUUAAUAUGCUUGUGAUUUCUCUAACACAGAAGGACUUUCCAGUCUCCAGAAGUGAGAUGGUAGCUAAUAGCUUAGACAACAAGCUUGCCAGUUAUCUUCCAAAGGUUUAAAAAAUUGCCUACUAGUUAAACUUUCUACUGAAUAUAACCGUCCUUGCAUGCCAAAAUAGUGAUGUACUAAACCUCUAGUGUGUAAUGAGCCUCCAGAUUAACAGACAGUGGUGCAGACAGCUGAGGUGGUCCAUCACUUCCCAAGGCAUUGUGGAGUGAACAGAGGUACAACAAAGAAAUUUCUCACAGAACAGCUUGAUUAGUAUGAAUGAAAUCUGAAUGUGUCUUUCUCUGGAAACUUCUUAAUUUAGUGUACAAAGAGUUUUCUGUAACAACGUUAACUUUCCUUUCUCACCAUCUAAAGGAACAAAAUGCACUUCGGUUUGCAACACUUUGCAGUCUCUGUUCAGUGGAAGUUUGUCUAGUUCAAGUGGCCAUUUGGGCUGUAAUUACACUCCCAGAAUCUCUGAGUUUAC